AUGACCACAUCCUCAUCGGACAUCGUGCUUAUUACAGGCGCAAAUCAAGGCCUCGGCUUUGAGCUCGCCCGACGCCUUGCCUCUGAUUAUCCUGGUUACCACAUUUUGAUGGGCGCUCGCGAUAUCAGCAAAGGGCAUGAAGCUGUUAGCAAGUUAAAAGCUGAGGGACUUUCGGUAGAUGGAAUCACUAUCGACGUCACAGACGAAGACUCCAUCAAAGCCGCUGCAACAGACGUAGCAUCAAAGUUCGGGCGACUAGAUGUCCUCGUGAAUAACGCAGGCAUUGUCGCAGAGGGCAAGAUGCCUCCUGGAACCAGCUUGCAGGAAACCUUCCGCGCCUGUUUCGACGUCAAUACAUUUGGGUCAUUUCUAGUGACAGAAGCCUUUGCGGCUCUUUUGAAAAAGUCGCACAAUCCGCGCGUGGUCUUCAUGUCUACCGGACUGGGAUCUAUCACCGACCGUCUGAAUCCAGAUGAUCAAUGUGCGGCUUUCCAGUUUCCAGUUUAUCGCAGCAGUAAGGCUGCGCUUAACAUGAUUAUGGCUCACUACGCUGCACUUUAUGCAAAGGAGGGAUGGAAAGUGAAUGCAAAUGACCCCGGAUUCUGUGCAACGAACUUGAAUGGCUAUCGAGGCUGGAAUACGCCGGAGAGUGGAGUUGUUAACGCUUUGCGACUGGCGACUUUGGAAAAGAUGGACCGUCUGGCACUUUUACUUGUACUGAGGGACCUGUGGGUUGGUAGUAAAGGGUAUCAUCAUGAUCAUCAUGUGUCGACAGAAUCCCUCUAA